AUGAAAUCCAAACUCAUGGAACAGCUCGAAAGCAUGAAAGAAAAUUAUGAAGAAUCCUCCUGGCAAGCGAAAUAUUGGCAACUCAUGAAUGAAUUGCAACAAGUUCAAAAAGAAAACGCCUCUCUCAAAAUCAUGCUCGAAACAAAGACCUCUUUCACUGAGCCGAAUGUGGAUUCUGAACUUGAAAAUCCACCCAUCGUCAAUUUGGACGGUAACAAUGCUGUGGUUCAUACCACUCCCUCACCUCCAAGCUCUGGAAGAAAGACGGCCUCUCCCUCCACUCUAUUGAGGCCAAUAUCUGAGGGAGACACUCCUGCUGCCAUGUUUCUCAUUGAGAAUGCACCAAAGAAGAGGCCUUCCACAGGAGCCGUUCGAGCUAGAGCUGCAAAUAAUAACAACAAUGCGCAGAACCAAACAUCCACCAUCAUUCAACAACAACUUCAACAAUUCAAGAAAGUCAUGACUCAAUCCAAUGCGAGCAGUAUUACCAAUCAAUCCACUCCGAGCGCACGACCUCUCACAGUGCUUCCUACGUAUGGAAAGGGUAUGUUUGGAGGAAUGCCAUUGCAGCAAAAACGAAGAGCCAUGUCUGCAGGAACCAAAACUCGAAAGCAUCAGUCCCAACCUUCAACCACCACCACCACCACAGCCUACACCUCACCUACGACGAACAUGGUCUCUGAAUAA